AAAUUUCUCGUCCGCAUGCGCAAUAGCAAAUACGUGGUCGCCACACUUUGGCUUGUAGCUAAUAGAUGCUACAGGCUAACCUCUCACGAACCAGCAACAGGUAUCUGUAUUUGUUCGGAACCGAUCCAUAUUUGGAUCUAACCACGACUCUGUUUUUAACAAGGCACCGGUUUUGAAGCGGGAUUUGUCUGCUAAAGCCACAGCUCAUUUACUGUUAGCAUCGUGAGCUAGGUUUAGCUUUAGCUCCGCUGCAACAGUAUCAAAACAAACAGAAGCUUUGCAGCGGCUAGCAGCCCGGGAGCAGGACAACAUGGCGACGGAGGAGAAGAAACCAGAGACAGAGAACAUCAAACAGUCCUCAGCCUCCACAGGCUCCGGCAGUAAAUCGAGCCCAGCUAAACCAAACUACACAGUGAAGUUCACAUUGGCUGGACACACGAAGGCGGUUUCCUCUGUCAAGUUUAGCCCUAAUGGAGAGUGGCUCGCCAGUUCCUCUGCUGAUAAGCUGAUAAAGAUUUGGGGAGCGUAUGAUGGCAAGUUUGAGAAAUCCAUCGUAGGACAUAAACUGGGGAUCUCUGAUGUCUCCUGGUCUUCAGACUCCAACCUGCUGGUCUCUGCCUCCGAUGAUAAAACACUCAAGAUCUGGGACAACAAUUCUGGAAAGUGUCUGAAGACUCUUAAAGGUCACAGUAACUACGUCUUCUGUUGUAACUUCAAUCCUCAGUCAAACCUGGUGGUGUCUGGAUCGUUUGACGAGAGUGUUCGUAUCUGGGAUGUGAAAACAGGAAAAUGUCUGAAGACUCUGCCAGCUCACUCAGACCCCGUCUCUGCUGUUCACUUUAACAGAGAUGGUUCCCUCAUUGUCUCCAGCAGCUAUGACGGACUGUGUCGUAUCUGGGACACAGCAUCGGGACAGUGUCUGAAGACUCUGAUUGACGAUGAUAAUCCUCCAGUGUCUUUUGUCAAGUUUUCUCCCAAUGGAAAAUACAUCCUGGCUGCUACUCUGGACAACACAUUAAAGCUCUGGGACUACAGCAAAGGAAAGUGUCUGAAGACGUACACCGGCCAUAAGAAUGAGAAGUACUGCAUCUUUGCCAACUUCUCUGUCACAGGAGGGAAGUGGAUCGUGUCGGGCUCUGAGGACAGCAUGGUUUACAUCUGGAACCUUCAGACCAAAGAGAUUGUUCAGAAACUACAAGGACACACAGACGUGGUGAUCUCUACGGCCUGUCAUCCGACAGAAAACAUCAUCGCCUCUGCUGCGCUGGAAAACGACAAAACCAUCAAACUGUGGAAGAGCGACUGUUAGAAGUGAAGAAGAUGAUCACACGCACACACACACACAGGCCUAGAAGCUGAACUGGUUUUAUCAUACACACUCCCAAUGAUCACAGUCAGACUUGGUUCACACUCACAGGAAAUGACUCUGUCCUUGAUUAAGUUAAAAACUCUCGAUCUUUGUAUGAACUUUUGUUGAAACCAAAGUUCAGUUGAAAAAAAAUGUAUAGAAAUUUUGAUUUGACAAACGAACAAUAUGGAACGGUAACAUUUACAGGACGAGAUCUGUAGAGAAACAGUCAGAGCUUUAGAUACAGAACACAUCUGUAUCCUGUUUAUUGGCCACACAAAGUCCUGAGGCAAAGAGGGCGGAGCCUGUUUGCCAGAAGAGAGCAUUUUGUAUUUUUCACCCACGUUAGGUGAAGACCUGCCUGUACUGUGCCCUCGCCCUUGAAUUCACUUGAUCUAAGCAAUGGUUCAGUUUUUUGAAGUUUUGUUAUAGGGACACAGAAACAGAUUUUCAUCACAUAACAAAAGGUUCAUCUAAUGAAAUCUCUGCCCUCUGAAGUCUGUGAUGUCUUAAAAAUAUGUUUGCAGCUUCAUUCAUUUAAACACAAUUUAUCUCUGUUAGGCAGCAUUUUUCCAAAGCCAUUUGAGAAAAUUUAGCUUGAGGGGUCACAGUGUCUACUGCAGCCUUGUUUAAUCACAUGAGUUCAUCUGGAGGUUUUCAAAAACCAAAGUCAUGAAAUGAUUCAUUUGACGGAGACUGGGGCCACACAGCGGAAUAGUGGCUAGCACUGUUGCCUUGCAGCAAAUGAUGGAGGCAGCAGUGGAUCUACAGUUCAUGUGUGCUGUGGUGUAAAAUUGUAAAAUGAGUAGUUUUUUGCAGGAGUGUAAGUGGUUUACAGAGUGACACAAACUUUGCUUUACUCCAUAAGACAAAAGGCUGUCUAAUGCUGAGAUAAAGUGGCAACAAGGACAAACGUGUGCUCAGCUUUGACUGUGUGUCAGUGCCUCACACAAAUACUCCCUUUGUGUGAGGGGAGAACCAUCCCUUUAAUCUUAAUACCUACAUGUAACUAUGAAGGCCAAUUUGAGGAAAGGGGUGUGUCUUACCUAGGUCCUCUCUCCAAAUAAGGCAGUGAGACGAUUUGUGUCGGACUUCCUGUUUUUUAGUAGGUUCCUUUAAAGUGGACACUUUUAAUUUUCUUUCACAAUAAAAGCCUCCCAGUAAUUCGGUGGAGAGACCAAUUUUGCUUUUCUGGAAGACUAUGAUUUUGUCCAAAAAAAAGUAUUUUUUAAGGUAUAAUUUAUUAAUGCAGUUUUUGGUUGUUCUCUAUUCGUUUUCCAACAGAUGAACAUAAAUGGUGAAAUUAACCACGGCAACAAUGUUAAAAAAAAAAACUUCGGUAAGACAUGAUGUUUUUCAUGAACAGUAAACUGAAGCAUGUGGAGAAAAAAAAAGGUGGAUCAGCCCUUUAAAGGCGUUUCAAUAAUGACUGAAAAAAUACAUCGUCUGAGGGCGUGACAUUAAAUUUGUGUCGUGCUUGAAUGACCGCUCCAAUCUGGCUUCACAUAGUUUCCGUAUUAACUGUGUGUGUCUGUGCUGUGCUUUCUGACUCUGUCCUGUAGGUGCAUUUAAUGCAAAUAACACACAGCAGCUCUUCAUUAUCAGUGACUUGAGUCUGUUUCCUGUUCACACUCACACAAACACACGUCAGUCAGCUGACCUUUAAAGGAAACAACAGUAACAAAUGUUGACUUGUUCAGAAGAAUUUUGCAGUUAUUUGUAAAUAAAGAUUUUUGACUAUGA